UGGACGACCACCCUGGGCCUGCGCACCUGGAAGUCCCAUCCUGGCCAGAGGACUGAGGCCGAAAAGUUAGCCAUUGACACUGGGUACCACGACACUGACUGUGAGAAGGAGGUGGGAGUGGCCCUUCAGGAUAAGCUCAAGGAGCAGUUGGUGAAGCGCCAGAAGCUCUUCAUCAUGUGUAAGCUGUGGUGCAUAUUCCAUGACAAGAGCGUGGUGAAAGGAGCCUGCCAGAAGACAUUCAGUGACCUGCAGCUAUGCUACCUACACCUCUACCUUAUUCAUCUGCAUCUGAUUAUUUUCCUGCUGGAUGCAUCAGGGAACGUGAUUCCUAGUGACACCAAUUUUGUGGACAGUUGGACAGCCAUGGAACAACUAGUGGAUGAAGGUUUGGUGAAAGUGAUUGGUGUCUCCAACUUCAACCCUCUUCAGACUGAGAUGAUCCUAAACAAACCUGGCUUAAAAUAUAAGCCUGCAGUUAACCAGACUGAGUGCCACCAAUAUUUAACUCCGGAGAAGCUGAUUCAAUACUACCAUUCCAGAGGCAUCAUGGUGACUGUGUACGGUCCCCUUGGUUCUCCUGACAGGCCCUGGGACAAGCCUAAUGUCCUUUCUCUCAUGGAGGAUCCCAGAAUCAAAAUAAUUGCAGCCAAGGAUAAUAAAACUACAUGCCAGGGGCUGAUCUGAUUUACUAUACAAAGGAACUUGGUAGUGAUCCCCAAGUCUGUGAUACACAUUACUGAGAACUUUAAGGUCUUUGGUUUUGAGCUGAGCAGUGAGUAUGUGACCACUCUACUCAGCUACAAGAGGAACUGGAGGGUAUGUGACUUGAUGAUCUGUGCCAAACACAAAGAUUACCCCUUCCAUGCAGAAGUCUGA